AUGCUCGCGACACCAGCCCAAACCGCCUUCCCCCCUCCCCAUUUCCCAUCAGAACCCAAUCACCACCACCACCACCCCACCGACACCGACGACCCCUUCCAAGCCCUCCACAACUCCCUCGCCAACCUCUCCCUCACCGCCCCUGCUCACCCGCCUCCUCGUGAAAUCCCAACCGCAACUGCCCCGCCAGACCAGUCCCCCAUCCGCGCCACACCCCUCUUCCCGCCAGGCGACAACGUCGUGUUCGCGCACUCGUCCUUCUUCCGCCGCCGCUGCGGCCCAUCCACCUCCUCAUCAUCGUCGUCGCCGCCGGCGGAGCUGCCCUCCCCAGCCCAGGUCCGCGCGCAAGCCGCAUGGCUGAGCAUCGCUGCUGGCAACCACGAUGGCGGGGCGGGGAUGGAGAUGGAUGAGUUCGUCGGCGAAGGCGACGGUUAUGGUGGUGCUGCUGGUGGUGGUGGUGUAAUUGUCGACGAGCAGGCCGGCGCCAAGACGGUGCCGUUUGCUGAGCUCGGCUUGGCGGUGAGGUACGGCCCCCGGGUGUCGGCGGCGGAGGGCAAGGCGAUGAUGUUUGUCCGGCGGACGCUGGGAGAGUGCUAUGGUGCGGGGGAUGGCGGCGGGGCGGCGGCGGUGGUGGUGCCGGAGGUGUUUGGCUGGCGCAGGGAUGGGGAGACUGGGGAGCGGUUUGUGUAUAUGGCGCUGCCGGAGGGGGAGCUGUUGCUGGGUAGGUGGGAGGGGAUGGCGGAGCGGGAGAGGGAGGCUGUUUGUGCGCAGUUGAAGGGCGUGGUGGCGGCGUGGAGGAGGCUGAGGUUGGAUGGCGUGGGAUUUGUUGGGAGCGUCGACAACGGGCCGCUGCAGGACGCCCUCUUUCAAGGAUGCAGGGCGGCUGGAGCGCCGCCGCCUGGACCGUUUCCCACCGUGUCGGCGUUCCAUGACUACUUCUCGUCGAUGGCCGCCGCUGUGUCGCAGAGCAGAUAUGCUGGAGCGAGCGGGUUGCAGGUCCAGUUCAGACUUCAACAUCUCUUUCCGGACAACCACCCUGUUGCAUUCACACACGGCGGCCUUCACCCGCGGAACAUCGUCGUCUCGACCGGCCCGAAUCCGCGCGUCGUGGCCAUCAUUGGGUGGGAGCAGGCCGGAUGGUAUCCGGCGUAUUGGGAGCUGUGCAAGGCACGAUGGGACUGCGCUCGCCAUGGAAGCCUUGGGGACUGGGAGCGCAAAUAUUUGCCCUGGAUUCUCGACGCCGACGGAUUGCAGAGAGAACUGCCCGAUUGGAGCGUGGACUCACUAUGCCAAUACUGGGGUUAUUUCGCUGGGCUCCUGGGACAAACUGGGUUUCAAUCAGGCGAACGGUGA